CUAGCGACCAAUCUAACGUAGUUACCCAUUGGUACAUUGAGUCAACAACCCGAAGAUGUAAACAUCGAGUAUCAGGUAUCAUCCAGCAAGUGCCGGUAGCUCCAACUAUCCAUUUUCAACCCAGAGCCACUACGGGAGCACACCCAUUAGUCUCUGCGAACGCGACGACGACGACGACGACCACCACCACCCCCACAAUGGCUCCCGGUGAAGCAGAUCUCGAAAUACUUCUUUCCAAACUCGAGCCCAGCCUCCAUCCUGACACAUUCGUCUUCCUCACACUUCUCAACACACCAGUCUCUGCGGCGAGCCAAGAUGUGCAAGCACUACAGCCACAACUUCUCUUCCAGGAGGCAGAAGGUACCACACUCGUCCUCGUGCGCGAAAGGGCCAUCGCGCACGGCUUCACCGACUACGUGUUUCCGUGUCGGAUGAUCUCCCUCAGCGUGCACUCGAGUCUUGAGGCAGUGGGUCUAAUCGCUGCCAUUAGUGCACGACUCCGCGAUGCCGGGGUCAGUGCCAAUGUGGUCAGUGGGUUUUACCAUGAUCAUGUCUUCGUGCCGGAGGGCAAGGAGGAAGUUGCGAUGCAGGUUAUUGGAGGGAUGUCGCGGGGUGAUCGUGAUUGAUUGAUGUGGUAGGCUUUGGGGGUGGGGUUAGCUAGAGUUUGAUGCUUUCACCUUGGAAGGGAAUAUGUGCUGUGUAUACUACUAAGCAGUAGACACGUGAACUAUGUUUUUGC